AUGGGCCUCUCAACAUCGGAUCCGAUUGUCAUCAUCGGAGCUGGGUCCUUUGGUCUUUCUGCGGCGCUGCAUCUCACCCAAAGAGGCUACACCGACGUGACAGUAUUCGGGAAAGAUGAUUCCGCCCCUUCGGGAGACCUGGCAAUUGUAGUCUAUCGCACCGCUCAAGAGGCAGGCGUGCGAUUCCUGUUGGGGCAACAGGUCGACGAGAUUGUAUACGUGAGCACAUUGACUGGGAGGAAGAACGCGGGGAUUCGCACCAAGGAUGGCCAAUUCUAUAGCUCGGUGUUGGUGAUCAUUGAAGCUGAAGGAGAUAGCUACCCAAUGUCUCAGAGGGACUCCAUGCCGGACUCCUUGGCUACGCCUCUGUCAUGGUACACCAAUCUUUCGCAUUCCCUCGUCGACUAUGUACCCCAAGACUCGUCCGUCAUCUUGCUUUCCGGGAGCUCAGAAUGUUCGGGCCAGCGUUCUAAUCUAUUUUCUUUGGUGGGUUCGUUGGUCUUGGAUCUGUUAGGAGCAACCAGUGAUCAGCCAAUCGCUGUCAAGUCCAAAGAACUGUCGGACAUAUUACCGCAAAAGCUGGCGAGGCUGUGA